AAAUCACAUGACAGCACGUGAGCUACUUCGUCUAUUUUUCAUCGAUAGCCACUCGUCAGCUGCUGCUGUGACUGUGAAGUGAAAUAAAUUGUAAUAAUUUUCUUUCGGUACGGUCGGGUCCAUUUUAAGUGUUGAAAAAGAAUCAAAAAAAUAAUAUUGUGAAAAUGUCGUUGUCGUCCACGCAAGCAAAUCGAGAGCAUGUUUUGGCCGUUUCCAGGGAUUUCAAUUCACAACCCCGUUUGACCUACAAAACAGUGUCUGGUGUAAAUGGACCAUUGGUCAUUUUGGACGAAGUGAAAUUCCCAAAAUUCAACGAAAUUGUCCAACUUCGUUUGAACGAUGGCACACUUCGUUCCGGUCAGGUGCUUGAAGUCAGUGGAUCCAAAGCUGUCGUCCAAGUGUUCGAAGGUACAUCUGGUAUCGAUGCACGCAACACUUUGUGCGAGUUUUCCGGUGACAUUUUGCGAACACCUGUAUCCGAAGAUAUGUUGGGCCGUGUAUUCAACGGAUCCGGCAAGCCAAUCGACAAGGGUCCACCAAUUUUGGCAGAAGAUUUCUUAGAUAUCCAAGGUCAGCCAAUCAAUCCCUGGUCGCGUAUUUAUCCCGAAGAAAUGAUCCAGACCGGUAUCUCGGCUAUCGAUGUGAUGAACUCAAUUGCUCGUGGUCAAAAGAUUCCAAUUUUCUCGGCUGCUGGUUUGCCGCACAAUGAAAUUGCCGCUCAAAUUUGUCGUCAAGCCGGUUUGGUUAAACAAUCCGGUAAAUCCGUUAUGGACGACCAUGAAGACAAUUUCGCUAUCGUAUUCGCUGCUAUGGGUGUCAACAUGGAAACUGCUCGUUUCUUCAAGCAAGAUUUCGAAGAGAACGGUUCCAUGGAAAACGUAUGCUUGUUCUUGAACUUGGCCAACGAUCCAACCAUCGAACGUAUCAUUACGCCACGUCUUGCUCUAACAGCCGCUGAAUUCUUGGCCUAUCAGUGCGAGAAGCACGUAUUGGUCAUUUUGACCGACAUGUCCUCAUACGCCGAAGCUUUGCGUGAAGUAUCAGCUGCCCGUGAAGAAGUACCCGGUCGUCGUGGUUUCCCCGGUUACAUGUACACCGAUUUGGCCACCAUUUACGAACGUGCUGGUCGUGUCGAAGGCCGUAAUGGUUCGAUCACUCAAAUUCCCAUUCUUACUAUGCCCAACGAUGAUAUUACCCAUCCAAUUCCCGAUUUGACUGGCUACAUUACCGAAGGACAAAUCUACGUCGAUCGUCAAUUGCACAACAGACAAAUCUAUCCACCAGUCAACGUAUUGCCAUCGUUGUCACGUUUGAUGAAGUCUGCCAUCGGUGAGGGCAUGACACGUAAAGAUCAUUCCGACGUUUCCAACCAAUUGUAUGCUUGUUAUGCCAUCGGUAAGGACGUCCAAGCCAUGAAGGCUGUCGUCGGUGAGGAAGCUUUGACACCUGAUGAUCUUUUGUACCUCGAAUUCUUGACGAAAUUCGAAAAGAACUUCAUUUCUCAAGGAAACUACGAAAACCGAACAGUUUUCGAAUCAUUAGACAUUGGAUGGCAAUUGCUCCGUAUCUUCCCGAAGGAAAUGUUGAAGAGAAUUCCAGCAUCCAUCUUGGCCGAAUUCUAUCCCCGAGAUUCACGUCAUUAAGCUACGGCUAUGUUCAAAUAUGUACAGAACCCCGAACCCAAAAAAAAAAAUAUUUCAAAGAAUUUCAAAAUUUCCGCAUUUUGCAAUUUUGGAGUGUUCUGUGUGCAUAAUUGGUUUUGUUUGAAACAAUUUUUGAUUUUUCUUUUUUUUCGUUUCGUUUAUGAAAAAUGUUUAUUGGUCCCCGGCGGUUUCCAUCCACUCCACAUCCAUAUUUUUUCCAAGCCAAUUUCAUUUUAUUUUUAUUGUUGAAAAUUUUUUAUGUUUUUAGAUUUUUGUUAGGAUUUGUCAGUUUUGAACCGAAGAAAAUUAUUUGAGUAUAGAGGGGAGAACAAACCGAAAAAAAAGACAAUACGUUCCGACCUUUAACAUCCAUUGUAUGUUUAUGUAGACAUUGUUUUUUCCGUAGAACCUGGGAGUUUUUAUUAAUUUUAUUUUCCGUUUCCCUUCGUUUUGUAUUUGUUUUUUUCAAGUAUUUCAGUUGAAAUUGUUCAAAUGCUCUCAGUAUUAUUACAAUGUAAUCCACAAGAGAAAUAGGGAAAACGUACUAGCAACAAGAGAGAAAAACGCAUGUGAUUACAUUGCCUAAAAUGCAAUAAUUAAAAGAGAAAACAAUGAAAAUUCCAUUUAUAAAUUGGUUGAUAUUUAAAACAAUUUUGUUUUACUUCUUCUUUUAUCAUAAUUAAGGAUGGUAAAAAUAAAUAAAAAAAUUUAAAAUAAAAUUAAAGAAAAUUUAAAUGAAAUCAAUGAAAAUGUUAUAUUGUAUAGUAAAUUAAGUGAAAAUGCAAUUCGAUUUACAACAGACAUUUUUUCAAAGCUUGGGGGACUACUGGCCAAGUGUAAUAAAUUACAUCCACACAGUACAUCCCAUAGUUUAUUUGCGGUAUAAAAUAUAUUCAACUUUGGUCCGAUGUGUAACUUCAAAAUUCAUCAAUAAAUAAAAUGAGAAAAUUGUAUAUUGUUAAUAGUUGUAAUCGAAUGGACAUAUAAAAGUAAUUAAACAAAAAAAAA